AUGUCUUGGUUAGAGUCUUGGCUCCUGACUGUGGUCAUCAUGGGAUCUCAUGGCUGCUUAAAAUGUAGCAAAGAAGCCAUGGCACUUCGGACAAACUUCAGAAAUAGCUACCUGGAGCAGAAACUCCAAAAGGACCCUCAACUCAAAACAAAAUUGCAGCAGCUCCUGGACAAUGUCAUACAGCAGCUAUCGAAUCAACCCGUAGAUCCACAAAAAUAUAUGGGUAUUAUAGAUGAAUUAACACUAAAAAAACUCACUGUCUAUUUCAAACGCUCCCUGAACCAGAUCAAGGAAAAUAACUUUGAAGAUCAGCAGCUUUUUAAUGAAAUGAUGUGGAGCCUCCAGAAACUGGUAACUUAUUUUGAAGAGGUCAUGCCACAAGUUACAAAACUCUAUUGCAGCAAUGACUGUGGUCGGAUGGUGUAUGUUUUUAUCAGUUGCUUCUCGUGUGAGACAAAUCAACAGUCGUGUACCAAGAACUACCACUGUGGAGAACGGAAAAUUCUAGUGGAAACAGAUGGUGAUCUGGUUUUGGAUUGUGCUCUGAAAUGGCAUAAGGCAAGCUACGGAGUGAAGACAUAUAAGUUCUACCGGAUGGUGUAUAAUAAAGAGGAGCUGAUGGCCAGUAGUACAGAUUCCUAUCUGAUCAAGAAGGAAGUCAACAUGAAAGAUGCAGGCAGAUACAGAUGUAAAAUGAUGGAUAUAGAGGGAUAUGCUGCCAGCCAGCUUGAAUUUCAAGUUGUGGUGCUACCUACAAGGCAGACCACCUGGUUUACCCGCCCACCACCGCUGGUUCCACCACCAUCAUUACUGUCAUCAGCAUCAUUGCUGCCUAUUGCAGUGGAAAACCCUCUCACCCUAGGGAUUUCUUCCAGGGCUCCAACCCCUACAGCUGAUUGGACAGCUUGGAAAGUGAGCGGGAUUACUGGAGGAGUGCUGUUCUUCAUUGUUGCUGUUUUUUUAUGUUAUUAUCGUCAUAUGGCUAAGAAAGAGGAGGAGGAAGAUGAGGAUGACGAUGAUGGCGAAGAGGAUGAAGAUGAGAGUGACAGUGACAGUGACUCAUCAGAGUUGGUGGAAAUGUGAAAUGUUCCCUCCCUGUCUUAAAUUACUUGUAGGCAACAUCCCCCUUCUUAUCUUGUAUUUUUAUAG